AUGUCACAGUUUCGAGCCAAGAGGCUGGACAUCUCCUGCUUCGUCAACCCGCGCGUCAUACGGGACCACACGAAGCGGCAGGUCUUCAGCAAAUUCGAGCCCGAACGACAAGCGCUUCGCUAUCUAAUCCGCAACACCUCUCUGCCCAUGCGUGUCCGCGCUCAGGCGCAACUCAGGCUCUCCCAAAUGCACUGCUACACCAACCCCACCCAGAUCAAGAACAGAUGUAUUGCCGGAGGCGUAGCUAGGGGUGUUCUUAGAGAUUUCAAGAUGGGUAGAGUACGUGUCUUGGUCCCCAACCUACCCUACUCCUACAGACUGGAUACCACUAUCCGGGUCACUAUCUACCUCGAUUAA